ACCUUAGGUUACCGAGGAGCAGCCCGAGGCAGCGCCCCAGGCUACCGGCAGUAGCGGCCCAAACCACCGCCCCAGGCUACUGGGGCAGCAGCGGCCCGAGCUAGCGCCCCAGGCUACACGCAGGGGCGGUCCCGCGAGCCAGUCCUCAGGUCACAGACGGACGACAGACGGACAGACGGACAGCAGGCUGCGGUAACGAUCCCCUGAUUCGGCCGCACCCGACUGCAUUGGUCAGCAUGGCAUCCCUACAACGAAUGGCUUCCCUCCUAUCAUGUAUCUUGCUUUGUAUCGCUCUGACUGGCCCCGUGCUCACCGAAUCUAAGCCAGCCAAAUCUGAGUCCAAACUAAAAAAGGCAGCAAGAGCUAUUUCAAGAAAACUGGAGAUGCUCAAGAAAAGCGGGCGAGCUGCAGUCAUUGGCUGUGGACCCGAGGUAGUCGGGGAGGAGUGCCAGCAGCUCGUCGACGCCUAUUACAGCCUUCCGAAAUAUCCAUGCACCACACGUUACGGCGACUUCCCAGUGCCUCAGCAGCCCAGGAAGUUCUUCCGAUGCCGAGGAGACAUACUUACCUUAGAAGACUGUGGAAAGAAGUAUGUUUUCGAUUCUAAGGCCUCCUACUGCGUGCUUGAAAAACGUCGACCGACUAAAAGGAAAAACGCGGUAAGUCGAGGGAGCAAAUCAAACUCCACCGAGGAUGCAGCGAACCCGAGCGUAGUCGCGGCCGCCAACGCCGUCUGCCCGAGAGGCUUCUUCUCACCUCUCUUAGACGUUUCGGCUGACGUGGACCUUUUAAAAGAAUGCAAGGAUAAAUUAUGCGAACAUGGAGCAAAAAAGAUCAGUCUUCUACGAAGGAAUCACUGUCGGAAAAGAGAAGUGGAGCAUUCAGCGCCAAGUGCUUAUAUGGUGACUCGAAGAAAGGUCGUUUCGGUGGCCAGCACUGUGAACUCCAUUAUGACAGAAGCCCGGCUCUGGUGGGUGGCCGACAUUCCGCUCGAGCUGGCCUGGCGCUCUGCGGGUCUGGUCACCUCUCUGCAGGACUGUCUGACAUCCUGCAAGGACCGCUUCGUGAUCGCCGGCACGUCAACUUGCGCUUGUGGAAGCGUUAGCGAAGAACAUCCCAACUUUAACAUUUCAAGAUUUGUGGAGGAGCAGAACGCAAAGGAAAUCGAAGUCAAUCAUGGAUUUCUAUUGUAUGACCGGGAGGCCUUCAAAACUGCAGUGGGCUGGACCUGCGUGGCCCAGCCCGUUGGUUGGACCAGGCAGCCGGCUAAAGGGAUGGCAACAUGCUUAGUGAUAUGUGCGAAGACAAAAGCGCCUUAUAGCGCCUUUGGCCGUACUGGAUGUUACUGCUCACCUCAGUCACCAGAGGACGGGGUGCCACUCACCCAGUUACCCAGAGACCACUGCCGGAAACUCAACAGAAAAGGAUACAACGUCCUGGAUAACAACUACUGGAAUAAAGCGAUAAAUAAAUACGUUACACUUUGUGAGUAUGUACCAUAA